AUGAGUCUUUGUAUCCAGUCUCUGCAUCCCACUUACACAAUCCACCCGCCACCUCGCCACCUCGAGUUCUCGAAGAAUCGCACCGCAUCGCCAGUGGACGAACAAGAUGACCACCAGCGAGGGUCAAAGCCCGACCCGCCAAAGGAGCGAAAGUUAUUUGGUGGGACCAGGAAUUGGUUCAAACAUAUUUUCGCAAAGCCAGCGACUAGCAAAGCAUUCGCUGCGGGCCCCGAUGAUCCGCGCCAGCCUCCGCCACCCAAAGAGAUGCACCAGUCUUCAUCAAUUGGCGUUGGUGGUGGUGGUGAUCAAGGCGGGAAAGAGGCUACGGGGGCCAAGUCCGGAGGGCCGCAAGCGAAGGAAGAGGAAUUCCAAGGGGGCUUUGAAGGCAAUGUGGCAGCAAAAGUGGAAGAGGACGAACAAGACUUUAUAGACAAGGUCAAAACCUGGGCACCUAACUCUGCCGACCCGGCACUCGCCUCAGACCCGGCUCCUCGUUCACCUCCGACCUCUCGACCGCCAUCGACAUCUGGCUCAAGCACGUCUAACGACGACAGUCACGAGGAUGACGAGGAAUCCUGGGCGGAGUACGUAGAUACCGACAGCCUGCCCCCGUCCAUUACCAUCAAGACCGUCUUGCCGUCCACUAUAAACCAGCUGAUCGACGAUGCUCUCAAGAAACACCGCCUCCUUAACCCCCCUAAAUGACCCGUCGGGCGGGUCGGAAAAGGGGGUCUAAGUGGGGUCUUUAGGCUUCCAAUGGAACGACCCCC